AUGUCUAUGAGCAAUCAUCCCAAAGCCUACGGCACGGCCGCCAUAGCUGUCGCCUUCAUGGCUGGCGUGCUGUUGACCCUGGGCUUCAAAGACUUCUACCCCGACCUUGAACGGCGGUACCAGCGGCGACGAGGACAACCUCCCAAUUCCUCAGACUCCCGGCCUGGGAGUACCUACCUCCCCCCGGUCAAACUCGAAGACCACACGCGCAGCGCGAGACAAUCAAUGGUCGGCCUCCCUACCCCACAGAACCCAGAAGGAGUGGAAGGAAUAAUAGGAAACACACCGUUGUUCAAGAUAAAGAGCUUGUCUGAAGCUACGGGCUGUACAAUUCUUGCCAAAGCGGAGUUUCUCAAUGGAGCAGGAGGCAGUCCCAAGGAUCGAGUAGCACUGAAUAUGAUUGCCCUGGCUGAGGAAGAGGGGCUGUUGACUCCUGGACGGGGGGAUACGAUUUAUGAGGGGACUGUAGGCUCCACUGGUAUUUCUCUUGCUACCCUUGCGAGAGCGAAGGGGUACAAGGCCUAUAUCUGUAUGCCGAAUGAUCAGAGCACGGAGAAAUCAGACCUACUUCACCAUCUUGGUGCUGAAGUCGAAAGAGUUACGCCGGCUCCUAUUACCAGUACGGAGCACUUUGUUAAUCUUGCGAGGACGAGGGCGAAGGAACACACUGCUUCUAGCAAGGAUGAGAGCAGGGGCUUCUUUGCAGACCAAUUUGAGUCAAUUGCAAACUACAAAGCUCAUUUCCAGACUACGGGCCCGGAGAUCUGGCAGCAGACGGGAGGGCAACUUGAUGCUUUUAUAGCUGGUGCGGGCACAGGUGGAACGAUCUCAGGUAUCAGUUUAUUUCUGAAGCACGAGAUGGGCAUGUGGGGAGACUUAAAGGUCGUGCUUGCUGAUCCAGAGGGGAGCGGGCUUUACAAUAAAGUCAAACACGGGGUCAUGUUUUCCAAUACGGAGAAAGAAGGGACGAGGAGGAGGCAGCAAGUUGACAGCAUUGUGGAAGGUAUUGGCAUUAAUCGAUUGACAGAGAAUUUUGAGGCGGGGAGGGAGCUGGUCGACGAUGCCGUUAAGGUUACUGAUUUGCAAGCCAUGCAGAUGGCGAGGUGGCUGGUGGAGAAGGACGGCAUAUUUGUGGGGAGCAGCAGUGCGGUGAACUGUGUUGCUGCUGUGGCUACCGCGAUGAAUAUGCCGAAAGGGAGUAGAAUUGUCACUAUUUUGUGUGAUAGCGGGACAAGGCAUUUGAGCAAAUUCUGGAAGAAAGUUGGGGAGCUAGGGUUGGAGGAGGAGCAUGGCCAGACUGAUUUGCUCAAGCUACUGGGAAUCAAAGACGAGAGGUGAGAAUCAGAUAUCAGCGCAGGGAACGAAUCUGCAAUUGCCCUACGUGCACAGAACAUUGAGGGGGAGGGCAAAGGACCAACAGCACUGGAACACUCAGUUUAGAGAGUCUUGACUCGAGUCGGGCUGAAUCUUCCAAGCAAAGCUGGUCCAUUCAGAUGGCUGUUCAAAGUUGGGUGAAGCAUCGAUGCCCUAGGAGACUCGAACAUUCAAUUUGAGAAUCUCAACAAUGUAUAAGAAGACCUAUGAACAUUCAAAUUGGAGGCUCUCACCAUUUUACCGGAAGAGCCUUGGAC